UGGGGUUGGUGCGGACUCCUGGCUUGGCCGCACUGGGCCGCACUUGUCCUGCAGGGGCUUUUGUGUCCGCCUUUGGCUUGGCUUUGUGUGCGCGGGUUUCCGCUGGGCUUCGAGGCGCCAGUCCCGGCCGGGAGCCGUGAGGCUCGGAGGCGGGAACGCGGCGCCCCCCACCGCGGGCGAGGAGCGAGCGCGCCGGCGUGAGCGGAGGGUGUGAGGGCUGCGGGGAAGGGGAUUCGCCGCCGAGAUGCCGGAGUUCCUGGAAGACCCCUCGGUCCUGACGAAAGAGAAGUUGAAGAGUGAGUUGGUCGCCAACAAUGUGACGCUCCCGGCCGGGGAGCAGCGCAAAGACGUGUAUGUGCAGCUCUACCUGCAGCACCUCACGGCGCGCAACCGGCCGCCGCUCGCCACCAGCGCCAACAGCAAGGGGCCCCCGGACUUCUCCAGCGACGAGGAGCGCGAACCUACCCCGGUUCUCGGCUCCGGGGCCACCGUCGCGGGCCGCAGCCGCGCCGCCGUCGGCAGGAAAGCCACAAAGAAAACUGAUAAACCCAGACCAGAAGAUAAAGAUGAUCUAGAUGUAACAGAGCUCUCUAACGAAGAUCUUCUGGAUCAGCUUGUGAAAUACGGAGUGAACCCUGGUCCUAUUGUGGGAACAACCAGGAAACUAUAUGAGAAGAAGCUGUUGAAACUGAGGGAACAAGGAACAGAAUCUAGAUCUUCUACUCCUCUGCCAGCAAUUUCUUCUUCAGUGGAAAACACAAGACAGAAUGGAAGUAAUGACUCUGACAGAUACAGUGACAAUGAAGAAGGAAAGAAGAAAGAACACAAGAAAGCGAAGUCCACUAGGGAUUUUGUUCCUUUUUCUGAACUUCCAACUACUGCCUCUGGUGGAUUUUUUCAGGCUAUUUCUUUUCCUGAAAUCUCCACCCGUCCUCCUCUGGGCAGGACAGAACAACAGGCAGCUAAGAAAGUACAUUCUUCUAAGGGAGACCUACCUAGGGAACCUCUUAUUGCCACAACCUUGCCUGACAGGGACCAAAAGUUAGCCUCUGGAGGGAGGUUUCUUUCCUCCAAGUCUAGCCAUGGUAGAUGUUUAGAGAAAAGUUCUUCGUCAUCUCCUCAGCAUGAACUCGCUGCCAUGUUGGUCUCUGCUGCAGCUUCUCCUUCACUGAUUAAAGAAACCACCAGUACUUGCUAUAAAGACACAGUAGAAAAUAUUUACUUUGGAGAGAAAAGUGGAAUUCAGCCAGUAUGUACCAAGAGGUCCCAUGGUUCAGAUCAUUCAGUUCUCUCCAGUGAAAGGAAAGCACUAGAAGAGUCUGAGCAAUCACAAGUAAUUUCUCCACCACUUGCUAGGGCAAUCAGAGAUUAUGUCAAUUCUCUAUUGGUCCAGGGUGGAGGAGGUAGUUUGCCAGGGACUUCUAACUCUACACCCCUUCUCAAUGUAGAAAAUACAUGGAAGAGAAUUGGUCCAUCUAAUGUUCAAGAAACUGAACCGUCAUCUCCUCCACGAAAAUUACCGAGAUUCAGUGAAAAGUCAGUAGAGGAAAAGGAUUCAGGUUCCUUUGUAACAUUUCAAAAUACACCUGGAUCUGAACUGAUGUCUUUUGCAAAAACUGUUGUUUCUCACUCGCUCACUACUUUAGGCAUAGAAAUGUCUAAGCAGUCACAGCAUGAUAAAAUAGAUGCCCCCGAACUAUCUUUCCCCUUCCAUGAAUCUAUUUUAAAAGUAAUUGAAGAGGAGUGGCAGCAAAUUGAUAGGCAGCUGCCUUCAUUGGCAUGCAAGUAUCCAGUUUCUUCUAGAGAGGCAACACGGAUAUUAUCAGUUCCAAAAGUAGAUGAUGAAAUCCUAGAGUUUAUUUCUCAUGCCACUCCACCAGCGGGUAUUCGAGCAGCUUCUACUGAGUCCUGUGAUAAAGAGUUGGACUUAGCACUUUGUAGAACCUAUGAAGCUGCAGCAUCAGCAUUGCAGGUUGCAACCCACACUGCCUUUGUAGUUCGGGCUCUGCAGGCAGACGUGAGUCAGGCUGCACAAAUUCUUAGCUCAGAUCCUAGUUGCACGCACCAGGCACUUGGAUUGCUAAGCAGAGCAUAUGAUGCAGCCUCAUUCCUUUGUGAAGCUGCCUUUGAUGAGGUAAAGAUGGCUGCCCAUACCAUGGGAUCUUCCACUUUAGGCCGCCGACAUCUCUGGCUAAAGGAUUGCAAAAUGAAUCCAGCUUCUAAGAAUAAGCUGGCUGUUGCGCCCUUUAACGGUGGGACAUUAUUUGGAAGAGAAGUACUCAAAGUAAUUAAAAAGCAUGGAAAUAAACACUAGUAAAAUUAAUAAUAAAAACAUCUAUG